AUGAUGCCUUCACAUCACAAGGAGGAGGAGAACAGCAACGAACAAUGCCAUGCCCAUGUCGAAGACAACGACGGUCGCCAGACGUUCCAUGUCGAGGAAAACGAUUCAGCCGACGACCCCAAGAACUUCGGAGACAACACUGCGCCUACAUGGACAAAAGAAGAGGAAGGUCAAGCUCUGAGAAAGCUCGACUGGAACCUGAUUCCCCUACUUGGAUCGUUGUAUCUUGUGUCUUACAUUGAUCGAGGCAAUGUUGGGAACGCUUAUACGGCUGGAAUGGGCAAAGAAUGGGGGAUAACUUCGGAAGACUAUUCAUGGGUCGUUACGAUCCUCUACAUUGGCUACAUUCUGUUUCACUGGCUUAUUCUCGUCUGGACUUUUGUCUCACUGCCACUCUGGACAGCAAUGAUGGCAAUCGGUUGGGGUUCCAUGAGCAUGCUUCAGGCCGCAACGCACAAUUUCGCAGGUGUUAUGGUAUUGCGUUUUCUUGUUGGAGCAUUCGAAGCUGGUUUCGUGCCGGCCGUUGCGCUUUACAUGACUUUCUUCUAUCACCGAGGUGAAAUGGGACUUCGGUACGGCCUGUUCAUAUCAUUUUCUCCCCUUGCAAGCUGCUUUGCGUCUGCACUUGCAUACGGAAUCGUCAGCGCGAAGGUAUCCAUUGAGAACUGGAGAUUGCUCUUCCUUGUGGAGGGUGCUCCCACCAUUCUUCUCGCCAUCGUCGCAUACUUCUACCUUCCUGCCUCACCCUCUGAGUGCCGAUUUCUUUCACCCCGACAAAACGAGAUCAUUAGCCACCGCGCUUUCAAAGGGCGAGGCGAGAAGAGAGAAGGCAAGCUCAACCUGAAGCAGGUUUUCGCAGCUUUCUACGACUAUAAGAACUACUUGCAGGCUCUGAUCAUCUUCUGUCUCAAUACCGCAUUUGGUUCUUUGCCUGCGUAUCUACCGACGAUUCUUCAAGCCAUGGGAUACACAUCACUGCACGCACAAGGCUUCUCGGCUUGUCCUUACCUAGCCGCCUAUGUGGUUUGCGUCACGGCAAGUUUUGUCUCCGAUCGAUUCCGGUCCCGUGGGAUUUUCAUCGUCUUCUUCUGCUGUGCUGGGGCCGCUGGUUACGUUCUUCUUGCAACCGUACAUACCACCGGGGUCCGCUACUUCGCGACGUUUCUCGUCUGCGCCGGCGUCUUUCCGGCGGUAGCCCUCACAUUUACGUGGGUGACGGACAACCAAGGUUCGGCUUCCAAGCGCGGAGCCGGACUCGCCAUCUUCGGCAUGGUAGGCCAGUGUGGUCCUAUUUUAGGAGCACGCCUUUUUCCCAAGACGGAACAGCCGUGGUAUUCCAAGGGGAUGUGGAUUUGCGCUGGGAUUCUGUUCGCUGCCGCAGCUCUGGCUGCCAUUCUGAGCUUGUGCUUGAGAUUCCAGAACAGAAAGCGAGACGAGAAACAUGGCAAGAGUGACUUGGACUUUGUUCCGGCUGAGGUCGUGGACAAGGGCGAUGAUCAUCCUAUGUAUCGCUUCGUCCCUUGA